CGGCGCGUCGCGUUCUCUUGCCCACUUCCACCACCACAUCUCUCUUUCGCAAAGACUUUGCGGUAUUUCUCGACAGAAAUGGCGGCGACUCAGUUCGAUCCCAUAUACAAGGGUCUCUCGACCGAGAUGGGAAAAAUGCGUGUAGCAGCAAGCGGUAUGGCCUGGAAAGGCAUCGAAUCGGGGGAUGUGACGGCCGUUGCGAGUGGGGACAUCAAGUCUGUGCAAUGGCUACGGGUGGCGCGUGGAUUUCAGCUUCGAAUUGGUCUCAAAGACCGUAAUCGGGAGACUUUUGACGGCUUCAAAAGAGAAGACCUCAAAAGACUAACGGAGCUGGUCAAAAACCACUUCGGAAUCACGCUUGAGGAGGUGGAUGUGUCGUUUAAGGGUUGGAACUGGGGUGAAACAGACUUCAAGGGCCAAGACCUUGCUUUCUCAGUCUCUGGCAAGCUCGCCUUCGAACUCCCUCUUCGUCAAGUCAGCAACUCCAACAUCGCGGGCAGGACAGAAGUUUCCUUGGAAUUCACGCCUCCGUCGUCUUCGUCCAAAAGCAAGCAUGCAGCAGACGAGAUGACUGAGAUCCGGUUCUACGUUCCUGGUACCACAUCCAAGAUCCCGAAGGGCUCGGACGAUGGGUCGAACAAGUCUGGCGAUGAAGGAGACGAUGAAGAAGUCAGCGCCGCUCAGGUCUUCCACGAUAGCAUCACGGAGGCGGCAGAUAUCGGCCAGGUCACCGGGGAUAUCAUCCUCAGCUUCGAAGAGGUGCUGGUGCUGACUCCGCGAGGUCGUUAUGAUGUGGACAUGUUCCCCGAUUUUCUCAGGCUACGUGGAAAGACAUACGACUACAAGAUCAUCUAUUCAACCAUCUCCAAAUUGUUUCUGCUGCCCAAAGACGAUCAGCAUGUGCUAUUCAUCCUUGGCCUGAGUCAGCCUAUUCGGCAAGGCCAAACGAGGUAUCAAUAUCUCGUUAUGCAGUUCACUCGUGAAGAGGAAAUCACUGCAGAGCUCAACAUGACCGAGGAGGAAGUUGCGCAAUACGAUCGACUGAAGAAGAACUACGAAGAUCCCACUUUCGAAGUCGUUUCGAGUCUUUUCAGAGCGUUGGCGAAGAAGAAAAUCAUUGGCUCAGGCAACUUCACAAGUCGAGAUGGUCAUCCCGGGAUCAAAGUGAAUCUGAAAGCAGUGCAGGGCGACCUCUUCUUCCUGGAGAAAUACAUAUUCUUCGUCGCCAAGCAGCCUGUUCUCAUCGAGUUGUCUGAUGUACAGCAGGUCGUAUUCUCACGUGUCAGCCAGGGAGCCGUCGCUAGGACGUUUGACCUGAAGAUCGUGACGAAGAGCGGGCCCGAGUACAUGUUUGUGUCGAUCAACAAGGAGGAGCUCGAGUCAACGGAGACAUAUUUGAAAGAGAAGAAGAUCCGUGUGAAGGAGAUCGUGCCAGACGCGGAACUUUUGGCAGCUGUGGAUGACGACGAUGACGACGACAUGCAGAGCGUGGAAUCGGACGAUUCGCGUGGCAGGCGCCCCAAGGUGAAGAGCAUGAAGGACGAUGACGACGACAGUUCUGAAGACGAGGACUUUGCCGCGUCUGACUCUGAUUCGGGAUCCCCCAGUGAAGACGACUCCGACUCGGAAGAGGGUGCCGCCACGGCUUCAGACAAUAGUGGAGACGAGGCUCUGCUCAAGGACUCCAAGAAGAAGAAAGGCGGCGACGAUGCACCAAAGAAGAAAAAGAAGAAAGCUGCCGCUGCAGAGGGCGAUGGUGCCGUUAAACCGAAGAAGAAGAAAGCCAAGGCAGCGGAUGAUGCGAUGGAUGUUGACGGCGAGGAGCCAGCGGCGAAACCCAGACCGAAACCGAAACCGAAGCCCAAGGCCAAGCCAGCCGACGGCGAGGAGAUGGAUGUCGACGAGCCCCCGCGGCCCAAGCCCAAGCCCAAGGUCAAGAAGACUGACGGUGACAACGAAGAGCCACCCAAGAAAAAGCAAAAACAAGCAAACGAUUAAUUUUGUUUCUCUUGCUAUUUACAUUCACAUAUCACACCCUGUAUCAUAGUUGCACAGCUAUCCUGAUGUUU